AUGAAGUACCUGAAUAUAGAAAGCGAAACUUCGGACACAGAAUUAAGGAAACUUCAGAUGAGCGGAGGGCAGUACGUGACGUACGUCCAGGAUCUCGAGCAGGAACCGUUCGACGCCAUCGAUUUGGUGGAGAAGUUGGCAUGGAGAAUGACCGGAAGGGCCCAGACAAUCAACGAUCCCGUGUCCCUGAAGUCAAUGUUUGAGGAGGAAAUCGGCAGUUUGCAGAUGCUUUGCGACCAGUUUCAGGUUCGGAUAUCCGAAGAUAUCGACAUACUAAACUUUCAGAGCAAGAUCGAUUUGCUCGAGAAGCAGAUGAACGAAGAGAAGAAGGAUUACGUGCAGAAAUUGCAAAGACUCCACGAGAAGAACUCGGAAGCGAUCGAUAAGAUGAAGCAGUUGGACACGACGAUGCAAAACGUGUCGACGAAAGUGGUUCAUCUGGGAGAUCAGCUGGAAUCUGUCGAUCAACCACGCUCCCGUGCCCACGACGCCUACCAACUCAUGCAGCACUUCGACGUCUUCCUCUCCGAUCAGCCGCUCAAUUCACUGAUUUUCACCGACCCGGAUAAACUGCUCGAGUCGGCCGAUCUCGUGCACAAACUCUAUUCGAUAUCUCAGGAACUCAAUAAAGAGAAGUUUGCGACGGUUAAGGCGAGAAUCGCGCAGCGGUAUAAAGUGGUCGAGGAUCUGCUCAUCGAGGAGUUUGUCCGGUCGCAGAGAGACGAGAAAAAGAUGGCGGAAGUGGCGAAGAUCCUGAGUGAAUUUAAAGGAUACUCGGGAUGCGUGGACCGAUACGUCGAGUACCUCUGCCAGUCGAUCCAUCCACGUGGCGAUGGCGGCGAGAUUCUGGCUGAUUGUCUCCAAUUGUGCCGUACUCAACAGCCUCGCAUCUCGGCCAUUUUCCCGUCCCCUCACACGGUCAUGCAGAAACUUGUGCUGAAUUUGUUCACUGGCCGAAUGAAAGAGACCAUUAACGCACGUCUCCGCGAGUGCAAGGACACCGAAGACCACGAGCACUACCUGCGCGAUCUGGCGUCUCUCUACUCGAGCACUCUCAAAAUGUGCAAAGAGCUCGAGAAGCUGCACAUCAGUCCGGACAGCGCGUUCCUUUCGACACUCACCGAUUCCAUUUUCCAACGGUACAUCUCGACCUACAGACACGAGGAACUGUCUUAUUUGAAUGAACAAUGCUCGCAUCUGUUGGCGAAAUUCUAUGAAUCAAAGAAGCACGUCAAAAAACAGAUAGGAGGAGGAUUGCACGAGUUGAAGAGAGACGUCACUGCGAGACUCAUGAACGUGGAGACGUACGGAGGGGAGACGUUCCUGGCCGAGGACGUCGCGAUUUCCAUCCUCCAGGAGACCAAAAAUGCGUUCAAUCGUGCUGUUCAGGUAACGGUGUAGAGCUAUCGCAUCAAUAGAUAAUGGGAGCUUUAGUUGUGCGACAAGGAAGAAUUGCCCCGUCACGUGGAGAAUGUCGUCGACGUCCUUCUCAAGUAUCUGUACGGAGAGCACUUGGACUACGCCGUAGAAAUCGGACUCGCCGGAAUCUCUCUGGCUGAGUCGAAAACCGAGCCUCCCGCCUAUUUCUUUUCGAUCGUCGCCAAGUGCACAAGCAUUGUGCUUCUCAUGAUGAAGCAGUUCGAAGAUCCGAUUUUCCCAAUAAUAAAGUAAGAAAUUGCGAAAAUUGAGAAAUUACGUAAACCUAUGUUCAGAGAAACAAUAGUGGAGCCGUCGUUGGCAAAGAAAUGGCAGCAGUCGCUGCGUUCGCUCGAGUCCAAAAUGAGUCUCGGACUGGAACGUCAGAUGAACAGCAUCGUUGGAUACGUGCGGUUCUUGUUCAGUGAACAGAAGAAGACGGACUUCCGGCCCGAGUCGCAGGUCGACAUUCAGGUGUCCCCGCAAUGUCAAGCGGCUUCGCGGUUCCUCGCAAGCCAAGUGGCUACAAUGGAACUGGGAUGUGACGGAGAGAAUCUGGAAGCAUUGCAAUCCGAUCUGGCGACGCGUCUGUUCAAGUUCAUGCUCAACCACAUCCAACAAUUCACGUACAACUCCACAGGAGCCGUCCUUCUUCUUUGUGACGUCGGGGAAUUACGAACGCUCGUGUCCAAGUGGCGGGUUCAGCAGGCCCUUGCUCAGUGGGAAAGUCUUCAAGCUCUCACGAAUCUUCUCGCCGUUCUGCCCGAUAAUCUCAACGACGCCGCCCAUUCUCCGCUCCUCGAAAACGUUGAUCGACAAUUGAUCCAUGACUUCGUCAAACUACGAGCCGAUUUCCGAUCCAUCCGAAACUUCCAAAUAUAA